CCCUUUAUUUCCUUUACUAAUUUUUAUCCAGACUUAAAGGUAAUGGUAGCCGUAAUACCACAUAUUUUUUGUUCGUCAUUACCAUUUUAGGGGAUUUAUCUGACUUCAUUUUUGUGUCUCUAUCUUUUUUGGGUACAAUUUUUGUAUCUCUAUUUGUUUAAAAAACUUUGCCCCUCUACUGUCAAAUCUUGGCUACAUCCCUGUCCACAGCAAUCCAGUCAAUCCAAACAAUCAAGAAGAGAGAUAAAGCCUUCGAAUUUCAGAUACCCAUUUCAGUUUUUUGCAAUGGAAUCCCAUACCCACAAGCCGGUGGUGUUAAUUACUGGAUGCUCGCAGGGAGGUAUAGGCCACGCUCUGGCACGCGCCUUCGCCGCCAACAACUGCAGCGUGGUGGCAACCAGUAGGUCGUUGAGCUCCAUGGUGGAUCUGCAGCAAGAUCCUAGGUUCUUUCUCCAGGAACUUGAUGUUCUGUCGGAUCAAAGCGUGCAAGAUGUCAUGUCCAAUGUCCUCGAAAAGUUCGGUCAGAUUGAUGUGUUGGUUAACAACGCUGGAGUCCAGUGCAUAGGCCCUCUUGCAGAAAUCCCCUUAUCUGCAAUGCAACAAACUUAUAAUACUAAUGUUUUUGGUGAUUAUAUUCCCAACUCUAUAUUCUCUCCUCUCUAUUGUGAAUAUCUUUAGUAUCUACAAUGCUAUGUCAUCCACAGGGUUAGAUGAAUUGUGGUUUGACUUCUUUCUUGAUUUGCUUUGCUUGCCCCCAAUCCGUGUUCGAGUGUGGUAGUGCUAAUUGUGGUAUGUGGAUUGUGUUCUUCUCUGCUUAGCUGAUAGAGAAAGGAUCUAG